AUGUCGAAGACUCCAUUGCUUAGAAGGGACGGCCGUGAGUCCAACUCCCUGGAUGAUGGGUCCAAGUCAGUCUCCGAGAGUAGCAGUAACACCAGUUCAGAGUGUGUUCGUCCUGCUGAGGAAGCCAAUAGAUUGUCGAUGAUGCAAACCUUGAUCCACUUAUUGAAAUGCAACAUUGGCACUGGGCUCCUGGGACUUCCCGUGGCCAUGAAAAAUGCCGGCAUCUUGGUCGGUCUCCUCAGCCUGCUGGUCAUCGGGAUCAUCACAGUGCACUGCAUGGUCAUCCUGGUGAACUGUGCGAAUCACCUCAGUCACAGACGGCAAAAGAGUUUUGUGAACUACGGGGAGGCCAUGAUGUACAGCCUUGAAACGUGCCCAAACGCCUGGCUCAGGACCCACUCAGUGUGGGGAAGGUACACUGUCAGCUUCUUAGUAAUCGUUACUCAACUGGGCUUCUGCAGUGUGUAUUUUAUGUUUAUGGCAGACAAUUUACAACAGAUAGUGGAAGAAGCCCACGUGACCUCCAACAUCUGCCAACCCAGGAAGAAGCUGGUGCUGGCUCCCAUCCUGGACAUUCGCUUCUACAUGCUGACGAUCCUGCCCUUCCUGGUCCUGUUAGUGUUUAUCCAGAACCUCAAUGUGCUGUCUGUCUUCUCGACUCUGGCCAACAUCACCACCCUGGGGAGCAUGAUUCUGAUUUUUGAGUAUAUCUUGCAGGAGAUUCCAGAUCCCAGCAACCUGCCCUUGAUGGCAAGCUGGGAGAACUUCCUGCUGUUCUUCGGUACAGCCGUCUUCGCGUUUGAAGGCAUCGGUAUGGUUCUGCCUCUCCAAAACCAGAUGAAGCACCCACAGCAGUUUUCUUUUGUCCUGUACUUGGGGAUGUCCCUUGUCAUCAUCCUCUUCAUCUGCAUGGGGUCGUUUGGCUACAUGAAGUUCGGGUUGAACACCCAGGCCAGCAUCACUCUCAACUUGCCCAAUUGCUGGCUGUACCAGUCAGUCAAGCUGAUGUACUCUAUUGGCAUCUUCUUCACCUACGCCCUCCAGUUCCACGUCCCCGCCGGGAUCAUCAUCCCCUUCGUCGUCUCCCAGGUGUCAGAGAGCUGGACACUGUUUGCAGACCUGUCUGUCCGCACAGCCUUGGUCGGUGUGACCUGUGUCUCAGCCAUCAUCAUCCCCCGCCUGGAGCUGAUCAUCUCCUUGAUGAGCUCUGUGAGCAGCAGUGCCCUGGCCCUCAUCAUCCCGCCCCUCCUGGAGCUCAUCACCUUUUACACGGAAGACAUGAGCUGUGUCACCAUCGCAAAGGACGUCAUGAUCAGCAUGGUGGGCCUUUUGGGGUGUGUAUUUGGGACAUACCAAGCCCUCUAUGAGUUGACCCAACCCUACAGCCAUUCCGUAGACAACUCCACAGAUGUCCAUGCACGUCAUUAUCUAUUUUUAUUCUAA